UGGUGAAUUUCAUUAUUGGCGUCUUCCUGAUAAAUCUCGUUGGGAGAGUAUCUUAAAAAAGUAUCGUGCUGGAGGGUUUAAUUGUGUUCGUAUUUAUUUUCAUUGGGGUUAUCAUAGUCCUGAUAAUGGAAUUUAUAAAUCGGAUACUUCUGUUAAAAACUGUCUUAAACGAUUACGUUUAACUGAUAAUUCUAGUUACCUUAAAAGAAAGUCUAGUGGUAGAAAACCACUUGUGAAUAAGCGUUAUGAACGUUUAAUUAUAAGAAAAGUAAAAUCUAACCCCUCAAUGCGAAGAAUGACAAAACGUUCUCUUGCUGCAGAAUUCCAAUCCCCCCCUAUAGCCCCAAGUACCCUG